AUGGGCAUAGUCAUGCUAAGCAGCAUAGCCCACCUGGAGAAAGCGAUGAAGCUGACACUGGUCAAAAUUCUCUUCUCCAAGGCAAGAGAUAUCAGGCCCACCCCAGUAUCCUCCAAGUUGAGGAUGGAAUGGGAGAUGAAAGGCGAUCGGAAAGGACCUGGACCACUGCCACCCAGAUGGCUUCAUUGCCCCAGAAAAGCUACAACUCUCAUUGCUGGGAAAUUCUUGGCCUUCAAAACUCCCUUGGAUGCCCGGUUUGAUGACCAAGUCCCAGAGGAAUGUCGCUUUUACCCUGAAAUGGUUCUCGAGUCCAUGAAAAGUUACCAGGUGAAAAUUGCACUAUGGAUUGAUCUGACUUACACAAAUCGUUUCUACAAUCCCAGUUUUCUGACCUCUCAUGAUGUGAAAUAUUGCAAAUUGGAAUGCAGGGGUCAUGGAGAGACCCCUUCCCCAAACCAAACAAAAACUUUCAUUGAGGUGUGCCACAAGUACUUCACCCACACACCAGAUGCAGUCAUUGCUGUUCAUUGCACCCAUGGCUUUAACCGCACUGGAUUCCUUAUUAUUGCCUAUCUGAUUGAGAAAUGCGAUUGGUCGGUAGAAGCUGCCCUCACUGGCUUUGCUGAGUGCAGACAUCCUGGCAUUUAUAAGCCAGAUUACUUGUCAGAAUUGUACAAGAGGUAUGGGGAUGUGACUGACACUCCUCCACCUCCUCCCCUGCCUGACUGGUGUCACGCAGAGGAUGAAGACUUUGACGAUGAUGGAGAGGUAGUGAAUGGGACAGCCAGGUUCAGUGAUCUUGAUGACCACUCUCCUGCAUCCAGAACUAUGAAGAGGAGACGAGAACAGCUGAAGAAGACCUCUGAGUUCAUGAAAGGUGUUCCUGGUGUCCAAGCACUGCUGAACUGGGAUAAGGUAGAACAAAUUCAGAAGAAAGUGGAGGAAAUGUGCGAGUGGAAGUGGGGUGGAUUCCCUGGGAGUCAGCCUGUGUCCAUGGACAUGCAGAAUAUUACACUACUUUCAAGUGAGCCUUUCAAAGUCUCCUGGAAAGCAGAUGGGACCAGGUAUAUGAUGUUGAUUGAUGGGGAAAAUGAGGUGUACUUCAUAGAUCGUGAUAACUGCAUCUUCCAAGUUGAGAACCUCACGUUCCCUUGCCGGAAGGGACCAGAAAAGCACCUCAAUAACACCCUGUUGGAUGGUGAAAUGGUGAUAGAUGAGUCAGAAGGGAACAAGAUUCCCCGAUACCUCAUUUAUGACAUUGUCAGGUUUAGAGGGGAAGAAGUGGGCAAGACUCCCUUCAAUGUACGACUCUACUGCAUUAAGGUGAGUGCCGGAAGGUAUCAAUAUCCAUGGGAAGAAGGAAUUUAUAAGAGGAUGAGUGGUGGGAUGUUGCAGAAGGAGAUCAUUGAGACGAGGCACCAGGCGAUGAUGGCUGGUACCAUUGUCCGUACAUCAGAAUCAUUUGGCCUGCGCGCGAAGGAGUUCUAUGACCUGAACAAGACCCGAAGCCUUUUGGGUGAAAAAUUCCGCAGUUGCCUCUCACACCCACCUGAUGGGCUCAUUUUCCAGCCCAUUCACAGGCCUUAUAAAGCUGGUCGCUGCGAUGAAGUGCUGAAAUGGAAGCCAGGCUCCCUGAAUUCUGUGGAUUUUCGGCUUCAAAUAGUGGAGGAGAAUCGAGAAGGAAUGUUGAAGAUAUCCAGGGGUUUACUCUAUGUUGGGAGAUAUGAUGAGCCCUUUGCUGAGAUGAGGGUGACAAGGGAGCUAAGGCAAUACAAUAAAAAAAUCAUUGAAUGCAAAUAUGAAAAUGGGCAGUGGGUGUUCCUCAGAGAACGCACCGAUAAGUCGUUCCCCAACAGCCUCGAAACAGCCAAAGCUGUGUGCCAGAGCAUCAUUAACCCUGUGACUGAGCGAUUCCUCCUAAACUACAUAGACCAGAAUUACCAGCAGAGUCAAGCUCAAGUCACGGUCAUGCCGCGGAGACCUGCCCAAGAAUCUGAGGUGCCUCCAGCUGGCAAACAGCCUCACAUUGCUUCUCAUUCAUCUUGAGAUUUUUUCAGCACCUGACAUCAUGAAAUUAAGGCAACUGGUUGCUCUUCAUAGCCCCAUUUUCCCAUUCAAUUUUGGUUGUUUUUCCUACUAAGUCAUGGUGUGCUUAGACUGCUGUUAAACCACAGUUGUCAGUUGUCCUACCCAUGCCAUUAUGAAGUAACUUGAUCAACAUCUAAGGCUGAAUUUCCACAAGAAUCUCAAAAAGGGUAUAUUUUAGGACAGAUUUUCAUGG